ACGGCUAAUUUGCCGCGCUCACUUCAACGGUGGUUGGCAUGACGACAGGAUGGUUAAAAUUGUCAUAAAGCGGGCAGAUGUCUCGUAUUUCAUCGUAGAGGUACCCGCGAGCUUCAGUGUGGAGGACCUAAUAAAUCUUGUAUGUGAAAUCUACAAUGGAUACCUAAAAAUAGGCAGACUGUGUGCCGAAAUCGACGAUUUAGCUAAACAUGGCGUUUCACUACCUCCCAACAUGCAGAGCGCUCAGGGUUUAACAGAGGACCAGGUGACCGAUUUGAAGUUGACGGAUGACUGGGGCGAGAAAUGCAUUCCAAGUGGUGGCUACAUUGAAUGUAAGGACGAGAUCGGUAGAAGGAAUGGAAAAGCACCAAACGAAAAAAUGGCCGAGGUAUUGCGGAGAACUAUAGACGAAGCUAAGAGGCUGGUCAGCAAAGAUCUUGUGAAGCGUGAUCAGUGCAUGGAUAAGUCGACAGUGAAAGAAGCGUUGAUGAUGUUGAGCGGUGCCGUAACUAUCGUUUAUCCCAUGGGUUUGCCGCCACACGAUCCGAUUAAAAAAGAGUUAGACAAUGAAGAGGAUCUCGAAGGCACUCAGGCGGAACAUCUCUGUAGUAUCCGAGAUAGUGCAGUAUAUUUACUUGUCUCCCUACUCGCCGAUGCUGAAAACUACCUUCCCCCAGACGGUUUGGACCGUCUUGGGAAUGAUCCGGUAGCACAUUGUCCGGAUUCCCGAUUUCCUUAUGUUCCAAUUCACCAGGCGACUAGCAUCUCUACAUCCGUGGAAGCAGCGAUGCUACCCUCUCCCCAGAAAGACAAGGCGGCAAAAGAAGUCAUCCCUAUGGAAGAGGGUACGUUGUGGUUCUCCGGCAAGGAAAUGCUUCGCGGUAAACAGCUAUCGGACUACGUUGGACGAAACGAGAAGACGAAAAUUGUAGCUAAACUUUCUAGGCGUGGUGCCGGAGCCCCAGCCAGAGAGCCUGUUGUGAGUGAGGAUGAUCAGAGGGCUAUGAUGUCUUAUUAUUACAAGAAACAGGAAGAAUGGAAGAAGUUGGAGGCAAACGACGAGGAUUCUUACCUUGACUCCGCAUGGGCUGAACCUGGUCAACUCAAACGUCAAUUCCAUGGACUCGGUGAUAUUAAAUGGGGACCACGAUGAUAUGGACGAAGUUUUUUCCGGUUCCCGGAGUUGAGAUGUUCUACGAUGAAAGCUUACGACCACUGGCGUUUGGAUGUAUAUAAUUGUGGUCUACGGACCACAACUAUAUGACUACCACAAAAUGUAUUUGACGAAUCACAUAGUCAUGAAUUCUGGUUGUUUGUGCGCUUAUUACCGUAAAAAUUGGCACCGUAAAUGCUUGUCACGGGUGAUGGAAAUGCGAAGUAACGAAACGGCCUAGGUUUGUCUUUCUACCAUGAUUUACUGGAACUUCUUUUUAAAGAUUCCUCGUACUCCUUGUCCUCCAGUUCAGUUAGUGAUGGAAAAGUGGGUGACAUUGAGCAAGGAGCGAGUAUUUAUUAUUGGCUUUUAUACACUCAGGUUUAAAGUUGACUUUGAACAGCUUUCCAGAAUUGAAUCUGUGUGCGCGGAUCACGGCCUUCGCUUCAAACGCCAUGCGAGACUGUAGAGAUUGUCCAUGGGUUCAGCCACUGUCGUGUAUGGCUGAUUCACUAAGUUCCAGGCUUCAUACAGGACUCCAGAAGGUAUACUGAACAUAAGCUGCUCUUGACAAAGCGCGUCUGCCAAGGCACGUGGCGUUUCCGAUUGGAUUGCCGUGGUAUAAAUCAAGCAUGCUGAAAGAGAACAGGACAAAAAUGCGGCAGUCAGUUACGUAGACCAAUAACUGCCUAUCGUGGAAUUUGGUUCUAUAUGCGUUUUAGUAUUUGCUGACUUAAGCUUCAUCUGGAUUGGGCUUUUAGCAGAUAUUGGACCAGGUUCUUGACCUUGAUUAUUUCCUUGACCUUUGAAGUGUGUGUGGGAAUCGUCCCUGCCACGGCAUCAUAUCCAGACCAGUUGUUGUAAUGAGUAAUGAUCGCCAACGGGAAAGAAAUGUUAGCAUUUGGGUUUUCAUGCCAAUCGUCACAGGCACUAUUCCCGUUCCUUUUAUACUUUGGACUGCAUGCAUGACCUUCGCUAACGAAACUAAGCUCUUCUGUCAUUAAGAUCUAUUUGUUUCCGUUCUGUCAGUUAACGGUUGAUAGAUAAACGUACCCCGGAAACUUACCCAAGCGAUCAUCCUCGAAUCCUAACGUAUAUCCCAAUAAUGAGUUUACACGUUGGAUAUUUUCCAGCUCCUGUCCGAUAACCUAAAACAAAAUUAUCACAAGCAGCAAACCUUUACUUAAUGAAGGGGGAUUGGCAAGGUGAACUAAGCAGAACUUGACUGACGAGUGUGUGAGGUUCGUGAAAUUUUCAGUGCAAUAUCUAUCUCAGUAUUCACUUGCGACUAUUGGAAUUGUGGAGUUUUUUAUUGUUAGUCAUCAUUGAUGCCUUAUCAGAUGUGCAUUUAAUCUUCCGGGAAUGUCGCGAAUGAUUCAUUGGCACCAUUGGGUUUCAAUAUUACGUAUGUGAUCGCCAUCUUUAUAAUUUGAGCUCCUCGAUUAGUCUCAAACCAACCGCUGCUUCCUUUCGGCAAGGAUUUCGACACGAAGGCUUUGGUUGAGGACCCUAAUCGUCGUUCAGUCUAGGUUUGCGCGCGCCGGUAAUAUUCCAGGCCACAUACAACCAUGGACGUUACAGGUAAAAUUACUUUGAUGUCACAUCGGUCGUCGCGUGGUGACAUUGGUCAGGUUGCCUUGUUCACUGCGCAAAACAGGGCGAAUAAAUGAGAACAUAUGACUGAGAACAUAUGACAUCGAUCCACAUACGCUAUUCAGGUCUCUAUCUCUUGUUUUGAUUGCAGUCUUUAACAUGAGAACUCCUGGGCGGAUUGACCACAAGCCGCUCUUGCGCAUAUUCUAGGUACUCUGAAAUUCUAAAACAGGAUCCACGUGAGGUUGUUGAAAUUACAGCAUCCUCUCUAUCUAGACGCUAAAGACUACGAACUUCGAGUGAUUCUGAUUGGGUUGCAGCGAGUUGCACUGUCGUUGGUAUAGCCUUAGGUUUUCAAGCCGAAGCUUCAUUGUUCGAUUGGAAACAUAAAUGGCCGCUUUAGUGCUGUCAGACGUCCAACUGCGAUAACAACUGGUCUAAGUACUGAACGCUACUUGCUUAUCGUGUUUGUUUAUACGUCAUCGGAGUAGUUCGGACUUGUUGAAAGACGCUGUAUACCGAUAAUUAGCCGUCCUGUUGUCGACCAUGAAGAACUCAGAUAUAGCCAUAAUAACAGGAGAUUUCUGUCCGCAAUUAAGACGCCUCAGUUCACUGGAAGCUCGCUUCGGUGGUAUUUUUAGUAUAAACGCAAAACGCAAUGACAAUGGUGAACAUCUUAUGCAAUUCUGUACUGAUCACCAGCUGUUUCUCAGAAGUACUGGGUUUGGACACAGUGGGUGCCGUUGUGUCUCACCUGGCGUCCUACUGCUGGUUCCGCAGUUAGCUAGAAGGAACUCGAAAUCUGCAAUUCCUCGUCCUACUCAUGAGUAGCUUAAGCAGUGAGUUGCUGGCACUGCCGUGACGGCAUGUGCCCUAAAGACUACCGGUGCAUGGAUUUAAUAAACGAGGCAUCUUGGCGUUUUUUGGAAGUAAAUAAGUCGCUUUGUUACAGAGUAAUACUCUCGUUUCCUUGCCACUCAUUACUGACUCCACUCUAGUGAGGCCUUAGGUGUACAGUGUUUGAACCAGAUGGUCAUUUCCUGGGACUGGUCUAGGGGAUUAGCUGAUGUCCUUCCGUUUGGCAAGCCCUGAACUGAGUGGAGUCAUUCGAGGUAGCUAACUUUGAUAAAACUUUGGAAAAGGUGAGAAGCAAGACUACUUGAGAGCAUUUCCUAUUAUGCACUUAUUUUAAGAUUGCACUAUGGGAGGUCUGUACACAGUAGAAUGCCGUAAACUUAAAUGGUGUUUUGAGCGGUUAGUGGUGAAACACGGAAUGUUUGACUGAUGUACAGUUCUUAGCAUGGGUAUUCGAGCAUUUGUGCAUUAAAUUUUCAUAAUUCACAC